AUGCUCAGAACAUUCCAACGAUCAUUCAUCAAAUUUCAGACGCCCUCAUUGGCCAUCCGUAAGCAAUGCUUCAGAAGACAAUUCGCUAAUGCGCGCUCCAGUAAAUACCUGGGACGUUCUGGUUCAUCGGUUCGUUAUUGGCCUUGGCUCACAGCAUCGGCAUUGAUUGCCACCUCUUUGUGCCUCUACGAUGAGACGAUACAAAAUGACGAAAAGAAUGAGGGUUCUUUACCCCAUAAUGAAUCGGUACAAGUAGAUUCAAGCGUAUCGGAUUUUCCCCUCACAAUUACAGCCCUAAACUUCCCCGUCUCUACAAAUUUUAAACUGCUAGGAUACGGCCAAAGACAUGUCACAUUUCUAAGGUUCAAGGUUUAUGCCUUGGGCCUAUAUUUAGCUGAAAAUGAUGAAAAUCUGAUUGCAAACACUUUCAAUGAAGCUUACUUGCAUAAAUAUUUCCUUGACGUGGACGAUUCCAAGACUCCCAAGCAAAACCUGGCUAGAUUUUUGAAGCAGGAUGAUUCAAAAUCAGUCAUGAUGAUUGAUGAUUUACUGGAUUCGGGAAUGAGAAUGUUGGCAAAGAUAACACCUGUGAGAAACACAGAUUUCAAGCAUCUCAAAGAGGGUUUGGUCAAAACUAUUUCCAAACAUCCUGAUGUGGUUAACAAUAAAGAAACUUUGGAAAACGGGCUGGAAGAACUAAAUAAAGCCUUUUCACGAAACGGAUCCGUUCGUAAAAAUGAUGACUUGAUCAUCGAGUUACUAGCUAACGGCGCCUUACAGUUUUCGUACCAUGAUAAUAAAAACAAUGAAUCUGAAAUUAUGGGAUUGGUGAACAACCAAUUAGUCGGUAAAUUUUUAUUCAGUCAAUAUUUAAGUGGCGACAAAUCUCCUUCUCCUCAGGCUAAGAAAACCGCUAUUGAUAAAUUGAUUACACUUAUGUAA